AUGUCUCUCAACGGCGGGAAAAACAAGAACAAAGGCUUCGCGAACGCAAAGCUUCAGAGAAAACUCCCUCAGCCUCGCACGUUUUUCCAACUCAAUUGCAACGGUUUGUUCGAACAUCCGAGAUUUUGUCGAAAUUCUCGGUACGACUUUACGACGAAGACGAUUUCGACGAGGCGAAGCGGCGAAGGCGAAUGCGGAUGUUGCCCGCCGGAUUCGUAUUACGAGGCUGAGUUGAAAAAGGUUUUUGAAUACGUGCGAAAAAAUCAGUUCCACGUGUGCUAUUUCAGCGAGACGUGGGUGUACGGAGAAGACGCGAAAGGCACGCAGCCGGUGACGGAACAUCCUCUCUCGUGUGGUGGCCCUGGUGGUGCUCAGAAUGGUGGAAGAGAGGAGGAAACGUGGCUUCAUAAAUACGGGUUGAGCGAGACGUACAGAGCGUAUUUUUCGCUGCAACACCGUAACUACUUCGGGAGUCGAGAUACCGCGUGGGCCGGGAACGUCGUUUUCGUGCACAAAGACGUGCAACCGCCGGUGAAAAUUCUAAGACACGCGGAUAUCGGCUUGACGCAAGGCAACGCUCAGUACCAAGGUCGGUAUCUCGAGUUUGAGUUUCCGGAUGGGUUUCACGUUUUGACAACAUACAUGCCGUUUAGUGGGUUUAAUGAUAACAGAUCGAGGACGAAGAAAAAGAUUGCUUUGAGGAAAACGUUGGACUUAGCGGUGAGAGAAAGGUUAGUGCAGUUGCGCGAGAAGGAGUUUGUUUGGAUGGGCGAUUUGAACGUUUCUCCCGGCCCGUUGGAUCAUUUUUUAGGAGAGCCGGGGAGAGAGGAUGAGUACGCGAUGUCGAUGCAAGAGAAACAAGACGGGACGCACAUAGAAGAUAUAGACGACAGAGGGGAGUGCGGUUACACGCCCAACUUGAAGAAACGGUUCCACGAAACCGUGCGAUUGGCGGAUGGCGUGGACGCCUUUCGACACUUGUCUCCUUACACACGGAUUUACACGCAACCACACCCCGCACCGGGAAUAACGAGGUGGGAUCAUUAUAUCGUGAGUAAGAAAAUAAUCGAGGAAAAUCGAUUAGAGGAGUGCGAAAUAUAUCCGGACAAAUGUUUUAGCAGCGACCAUUGCGUGGUAACGAUGAAGUUGCGUUCGGCGAGCGAGGCGGCGACGAACUCGUCCAAGAAGAAGAAAGUUUUUGAAGAAAACGACGACGACAGCAAAAAUAGCAAAAACAUGUCGAUGCUCGAACAGCUGCGCGCGACAAGCAUCGACAUGCAACAGCUGCGCGCGAAAAGGCUGAAAAGAUUCGCGAAUCAAUAG